AUGGAUGAAGAUGACUUUUUAGUAGUUCCAAAAAAAUUAUGUCCUUUAUGUGAUGCUGGUUCUCUUCCGUUGAAAAGUGGGGCACAUAAAUGUUGCAUUUGUGGAGUUCCUGUCCAUGCACUUUCUACAUGUUCAAAUAAAAGAUUAGAAAAUGAUGAAUUAAGAGUUGGUUUUGUUUGCUCAUUAGAAGAUAACAUUACUGAGGAGAACAGGGCAUGUGAAUCUUGGGAUCGAAAAAAUCUAAAAAUAAAGCAAAGUAAUUCUUAUCUUAUUCCAAAUCCUCAUCUCAAACACAUUGACCUGAAUAACUCUAAAAAUAUUAAAAAUUUACCUAUUAUUAAAAAUGGAUCACGCGCAGAAGAGUUAAAAGGUUGUAAAUCAAGUUACAUGGAUGGAAACAUUGUAUUAACAAAUACAUGUGCAUUUGAUGCAUUAGCUUCAUUAAUAAUGGUUUCAUACUGUGACAGCAAUAAAUAUUCAACAAAGAUUGAUUUCAAUCAUAACGAGUUUUUGAACUUUAUUUCCAAAAUUGUGAAAAACGGAAUUACAUCGGCAACUUACUCUGAACGUGCAGAUUUAAUUAUAAAUAAAACUAAACCUGAAAUGCAGCAGUUGCAAUAUGGUACCAUGUUAGUUUGCUGUGAUACCACUAUUACCAAUGUAGUUAAUUCAAUGUUCAAAGAGUUCCCGCCAGUAACAGAAAAAACAACAUGCUCUUCAAACUGUCAAUUAACUACGAAUUCUUUAAAACUGAAGAUUUAUUUAUCGUAUCAGACGGAAAAUGGACAAAUAAAAGACUUGCAAGGUUUUGUCGAUAGUCAACUUAAAUCUGUACAAUCAACAUGUCAAUACAUGGAUUCAGAAAUUGUUUGUAAGGGAGUUGAAGAAAUUAUGCCGAAUAUAUCAGAUAUGCAUUUAUUUAUCGAUGUAUUUUAUUGGGAAGAUGGACUUGUUUCUAACAAUCGUAGUUCGGAAACCACAGAACAAGUGAAAAUGCGACUGUCUGAUAUCCCAAAACUUUUGGUCUACAACGACAUUACAUAUGAGCUAAGGGGAGUUAUUAGUUUUCAACCGGCACAAUCAAAGUUAAGGACAUCAUCAGGACAUUAUAAUGCAUACGCUAUUCGGGGAACUAAGAAUUGGCAAUUGUUUGAUGACCUCAAGAAAAAACCCACUCCUAUAAAAGAAAAUAAAAAAAAUAUCAAUUGA